GUACCGGUACGCGCGCUACCGGUACUUAAUGCAUGCAUUAUGCAAUAGCAUAGCGACCUUGCAUGCGAUAUAAAUACUUGAGCGGUGGCGUGUAUUCCCUGUGCACGUUCCGUGUGGCCCGUUAACAUCUUGUGCGUUUUUCUGGCGUUUGAUCUCAAUAACGGCAAAUAAGACUGAAAUCAUCUCGUUUGGGAGAUUGUAGCCGACCUUCUAGUCGAAGAUGAGUCAAGUAGAAUUGAUCGAAAAGAUGGAAAACGGCACUCCGGGCCACACCAAUCCAGCAGGUGGGACCAUCCAGUCCCACGUACUCAAAUCGGAUGAGUGUUCUCGUUCCGUGGCAGGCCACAAUCCAAAUGGCAGUGACCGGGCGAACCUACCUCCAACAAUUCCCCCUCCACCAGUCGUGCACAUUUCCAGACCAUCUGAGGCAGAUGGUUCAGGUCUUGAAGAAAGCGGAGAUGACAGUUCUGAUCAUGCUGAUGGCAGGAGCAGUGAUGAGCGCGAUGAAAGAGUGCAACAUGCUGAUGAAAUUGAUGGCGCUAAAUCAGACCCGGGGGAUGACAAUCAAAAUGAAGAGUCGUCGCAUGUUAAAGAUUGGAAACCUCCAGAUGCAGAUUUGGUUCAAAAAAUUGUUGAACAAGUUGAAUUCUACUUUUCAGAUGCCAACAUCGUGAAAGAUACGUUCUUAUUGAAACAUUUGAGACGAAACAAGCAAGGUUUUGUCAGCAUCAAAUUGAUCGCUUCAUUCAAGAAGGUACGAGGUUUGUCAAAGGACUGGAAGUCUGUGAGAUAUAGUCUUCAACAAUCUGAGAAACUGAUAGUUAACAAUGAAGGAACAAAGGUCAAGCGAAAGGCACCCUUACCCGAGUAUGAUGAAACCACAAACUCUCGUACAGUAGUGGCUGUUAAUCUGCCAAUGGAAAACCCCUCUGUGGAAAAGAUAUCUCACUUAUUUCAGCCAUGUGGUGAAAUAUCCCUUAUACGUAUCAUCCGGCCUGGAAACCCCAUUCCCCAAGACGUGCGCAAACAGGUAGAAUCACAUACAGCAUAUAGCCAGAAAAAAGCUUGUGCCCUGGUCGAGUUUGAAAAGACAGAGAGUGCCCACAAAGCUGCUAAGAUCAUGAGUGAUGAAGAUAAUUGGCGCACAGGUCUACAUGUUUCUCUACUCAUUAACCGACCAAAGCAGAAAGAGAAAAAGGAACGCAAGUCCCAUAAAGAGAGUCUCUCCCCUCAGACACAGCAAGCUGAUGAUGCAGCCUCAGUGGAUGGUGAUGGGGAUGCCAAGAAGAAGAAACGUCGCCGUAAGAAGAAAAGGAACAGCAACCGUUUAGAUGAGCUAUCGUGCGAUGGGAGUGGAGUCACUGGGACCCCUAGUUCAUCAGAUGUUGACAAUCCUUCGGAGCACAAAAAUGCAAGCAAGCCUAUUCCCAUUCAACAACAACGCAGUCCCAAUCAUUUGAGUCCUGCAACCACCCCUAAAUCCAGCCCUUGUCCAAGUCCUCACGGGAGUCCACGUAGCCAGCGAAAACAUGGCAAGUCACCCCUUGCAGCUUCAGGUGUUCGCAACAGUCCUAAGGGUAGCCCCAGGUGCAGCCCAGAGAUGAGCCGUAAGAACUAUGACAGGAGAGGCAGUGGUGGUGGUGAUCACUCAGACAGCAGCAAUUCCAGUCCAUGGGUUCGUCGUCGCAUGCUUCUUUCUAGCCAAGAUAAGAGUCCUCUAGCAGCUGGUAGCAGUCCCUGUGGAAGCCCUAUGCUUGGACGCCGCCAGAUGGCCGAUGCUGCUGGUAUUAUACGUAGUCCUCAAGGCCCAGGAGGUGUGUCUGCCUUUUACGGGGGCAAAGGUCGAGGUAAACCACUUAAUGAGCCUUAGGGUUUGCUAGAGAUUUCCUGGGGUUGAAAAAAAAGUAAUACCCACUCAUAAGAUAUACAUAUAUGUUUACAAAAAUAUAAAUCAGCAGUGGAGAGUAUGAAGACUAUAUUACAUGUAUAUACCAUACUUAUAUGUGUAGGCCUGUCUUCAGACUCUUUCCUUGAAUGUUUGUUUAGAUAUUUUUUUCUAUGUACUGUACAUGUAGCUAAAUUUAUUGAAAAGAGAACUGCCCAAGUCCUUGCUAAGAAAAAGAUUCUAAUUCAUUCCAACUACAUGUACAAUGUACCUUGGGAAAGUUCCAUCUCAAAAUAUGGAUGUGACCAUGUACCUUAAAUGAUUGUAGUAAAACAAUACUUUUUUUUCAAUUUCCAGCCACUCCUAUCCUACAUGUACAUGUAUUUUAGCAUGUAUGUCUGUGUUUACUGCACUGCCUUGCACACAUAUAAACAGUUAAGAUACAUGUACAUAUACAUGUAAUAGAAAUGAUUUACAAUGCCUUUUCUGCAUCUGACUUGUUUGGUAUUUUGAGUUAUUGCAUGUAGAGUUUAUGAAGUACAUUUACAUGUACAUGUACAUCACUAGUUUUAUGGAAUAAUGUUCAUUGCAUGUACUGUACAUGUACAUCCAACUUUGUCACCAUAUGGUCACAAUAUGCUGCGGUACUACAUGUACAUGUAUACUGACAUAACUUCAAUUCCAAGCCAAAGGGAAUUACAUGUACAUGUAUUUUUCCAAGUGCAUACACAUGUAGGUUACAGUGUUCGUUCGAAAGAGGAUGCUGUGAUGAGUUUCAGUUUCCAAAACAUCAACAAUUAUACAUACAUGUACAUGCGAUGGACAAUUCUACAUGUGCACAGUAAUGUUCAUGUACAUGUAGCUUCACUUGUAAAACUGGAAAUAAUAGUCAAAACUAUAUAUGUAGGCAUACAAUAUUAUGUACAACAUGUAGGGCAGUGUUUAUAGUGCUUUACUGUGUACAUACAGUUAUUGCAAAAGUGGAAGAGGGUAACAGAAAAUCUAUCAAAUAUCUAUCAAAAUGAAUAUAUUCAGUUUGACGUUCUGAUUUAAAUUGAAUUUGAAAUAAAAUUUUAACAGUAUAAUGUUUUUGAAAUUUUCACUCGUCUUGAAAAAGUACAUGUAAAGGCUAUUAUUUUCCCAAUCUUUAUAUUAUCACAGGGACUGCUUAGUAGAGUGUUAGAAACUAUUACUGCAGUUUUCUAAAGCUUUUAUCUACAAGCUCCUUGUAAAAUUCCCUGACUUUCAAAUUAGUUUAUUCAACAUAUUAUUUGUAUACAAUAGCACCAUCUGUACUGCAUUUUCCAAUAUUCAUUGGAUGUGAAAAUUUUGAAGAAUUUGGUAUUCAUUAUUUAGACUGAGCCAAGGAAUUAAACAUUAAUGUACUAAAUGUUAUUCCCAUUCUCAAUUUGACAUUAAUUACAUUUUAUGCCUACCUUUACAUGUGCAUGUACUUGUGCAAUACAUUUAUCAUUGGCUCCAAAAUUGUUUUAGCAAAAAAUUAUUUAUCUUUUUCACUUUUACUUCUUUUUAUUUUUUAUUUAAAGAAUGCCAAAAGGGCACAUCAACAUGAGGGGAUCAUAAUCCACAAAAAAGUUAAGACCUGAAAAAAAAAAUCAUGAAUUGUUUUAUUGAUGAACAUUGAGUCAUGUACAUGUAAAUGUCUGAUUGUCAUGGAGUUGUCAAAGUAAAUUUAUAGAGAAACCUGAGACAAAAAUAAAACAUAGUUUGAGAAAUUCAUAUCUGUCUACAAAUACAUGUAUAACUUCCAUGAAUCUUGUUAAGUACAUGUAUGUAAGAAAGAAAAGAGUAGAAUUUUAUAUUGUUUGGUUGAAAUUAUGCAAUACAUGCAUUAUGUCAUUGGUUUACUAAUAUUACAAAAUUCGAAAUUUAUUCUGAUUAUUUUUCAGUCUCGUACAUGUAUUUUGCUUACCUCUUUGUUUUGAUGUACUUUUAUUAUUUAUCUUUGCAAAUCAUGAAGGCUUUGCUUUAUAUUGAUAAGCCCUGCAUUUAUGUCAUACAUGUAAAUUACUAUUUUACUGUCUUUUGAAAAUAUCAUUCCAUGUCAACAGAUUGUUAAAAGUGAAAGUUAUGUGAGGGGAUAUUAUGGUUGUGACAUAGACAUAGUAUAUUUAUUAAUAUUAUCCGUCAAAGUAUGUUUGGUUUACAGAUAUAUUUUACUUCUGCUGUACAAAGUGUAAUUUUGUGUGAUUUUAGGAUUUUUAGUGGAAUUUUUAAAAGUUUCCAUUCGUCAAACAGCUGACCAUCAGAGCUAUGCAAUUUGAUGUGAUGCACUUCUAGAUCUAGAGCUACAUUAUAUAAUGUAACAUGAAGUCCACAAAUAUGUAUUAAAGUGAUGUCCUUAACGAUCAAUUCUAAAGACAAGUCUUAUCCAGUUAGCAUGAUAAACCAAGGGUUCAACAUACAACAUUGACUUAAAUUGAGACCUUGUAAAUCACCUUAUAUUAGUGUUAUGUUUGGAAAUAUAGCCCAGUAAGUAGUAACCCAGUUUUUAUUUCUACAUGUAGAUUCUAGUCUUGUUUGCAGAUUCCAUUGAGAGACUAACUUUUUAUCUGUCUAAACAUGUAUUUCUGCAAUUUGAAUUGAUGUUCGAGCUACAUGUAUCUAGGAACUGUGUACACUUGCUGUAUAUAUCCAAGACUGCAGCAGAUACUUGUACAGUUUGGUAUCAAUUUUACAGUUUAAGUUAAUUUUCUGUUAUACACAUGUACAGGUAUACUGAAAUGAAAUCAAUCUGAAUGGCUUAAAGCAACCAAGUCAUGAAAAAUGUCUCAUUGAUUGAUGGUAUAUUACAAGUUAAUGUACAUGUACAUACUGCUAUACUACAGAAAUGGUGCAUUUGAUUUGCCAAGAGUAAAUUUCUUGUACAUACUUUUUGCAUCAUUUGUGAAUCAUAGUAUGAUUUAUGAAACCGGGUCCUUUUCUGAUACAGGAGGAGGGCAAUAAUUGAAACUAUACAGUAAGUUAGAAUAAACAACCUUCAGGUGUACAUGUACCUGCAAACAACAUGAUUAUUUACGCUUUCACGAAGCAUGUCAUUGACAGAAUAGUCACUCUUGGAAUGCAUGUUAAUUUCCAUUUGGAGAGAUAUAUGACAAUAUCUGGUUUCCAGAAUAGCAGACAAAUGGAAAAAAAGAACAAAGUGUGCAUAGAUAAAGAGAAUUAAAGGAAAGUGUGACAAGAAACCUGUAUGACAAGACCAUCUAGACCGUUUUCUGAGUUCCUGAGGUACGGUACAGAAUAACACCUGCGUGCAUGUAUAUUUGAUUGUCCAUGUUUUUUAGGAAGUUGCCCAAUUUAUAUCUACAUUUUAUCUACUUAAAGGUCAAGUCCACCCCAGAUAAUUGUUGAUUUGAGUCGAUAGAGAAAAAUCAAACAAACAUAACGCUGCAAAUUUCAUCGAAAUCGGAUGUAAAAUAAGAAAGUUAUGACAUUUUUAAGUUUCGCUUAUAUUUUAAAAAACAGUUAAAUGCACAACUCAGCAAUAUGCAAAUGAGAGAGUCGAUGAUGUCCAUCACUCACUAUUUCUUUUGUUUUUUAUUGUUUGAAUUAUACAAUAUUUCAAUUUUUACAGAUUUGACAAGAAAGGACCAACUUAACUUAACCAUAAACUGUUAAAAUAAUGGUAAUUUUACAUGUUCAGGGAGAAAUAAAACUUUGUUUCACUUGACAAAGAGGAGAAAAUAAGAAUAUUUCAUAUUUCAUAUAAUAAAAUACAAAAGAAAUAGUGAGUGGGAGACGUCAUCAGUGUGCCAAUUUGCAUACCGACCAGGAUGUGCAUAUAAUUGUUUCGUGAAAUGUCUUAUUACAUCCAAUUUUGAUGAAACUUUCAGUGUUUUGCUUGUUGGAUAUUUCUCCUUUUUUUUCAAAUCAACUUUUUGUUGGGGUGAACUUGUCCUUUAAGAUCUCAUAAUAACACAUUUCCUUCAGGUACAGACGUGGUUCUUCAAGUACAGUACUUCCUUUUUUUUACAGGUAUACAGUAGUAUAAAUAAGUGCUGUAAUUUGUGCAAAUCAAAAACCACUAAAGACUUUGGUAGAAGUUAGAAAUUGAUAAGAAAAGAAUGCACCUCAAGUAAGUAAAUGUGCCAAAUCUAUGAAUUGCUAGUACAUGUAUGUGGUGUUGUAAAACUUGUCUUGACUCCUAGUUGUUACAUUGUAUGAUUGUACAUGUAGCUUUCAGAAAAAAAUCAUGUACUUGCUUUUCAAAUUUACAGCAUUUCUUCUAAAUGUGAACUCUUUAUUUUCUUGCUGGAUUUGUUGAUUGUAAGAUCAGGCCCUGGUAAAUGAAAGUGAAGUAGACACCAAGAAUGGGUGUUAUAGGUCAUCAAUGAGAAUAACCUGAUAGCUUAAUAUAAGAAAUUAUUAUAAGUGAUAAUAAUUUUUUAUAUUAAGCUCACAAUAAUAAUUGUUUCAGUAUUAUAAUUUUAUCACAGAUAAGAUCUGGUGCUUUGUAUAUGAUUCAAUGAUUGCAAUUUAUUUAGAGGACUAAGAGGAGAGGUUGUACAAUUUUCCAAAAGCAUUUAAAUCGCAAUAUGGAGAUACAAAGUGUCAUGCUUGAACUUCAUUGAAUUUGACAAUGCUGGUUUAGACUUUGAUUUUGAUCAUAUUGGGUAUCUGCAGCUGGGUGUUAUUCAUUUAAAAAGUCUGCAGGUAAUAUAUGAAUGCAACAACAAAAAAUGAUAUUGGACAAAAACAAUUAUUGACUUAAAAGAUCAAGAGUGAGAUUCACGUCUCAGAGUCCUGAAUGUAAAUGCAACUGUGAUGAAAUGUACAUUCAUAUAUGAAGAUCAUGUUUAGGAAAAGGGAUUUUUUUUUAAUCUCCAAACUAUGGAACAUGAAAUUGAAUGAUGCCCUAGAUAUUUCUGUAAAUCUAUGUGAAAUUAUUUUAAAAUGUUUUAAUGAUUUGUUUUGUAAAAAGGAUUCCUUUUCAUAUUUAGAUUAUAAAUGUGUUCAUUGAUGUACAUUGAAUGUAUUCCAUACAUGUUUUUCUCCAUUGUAUUAUUCAGCUUUGUCAGGGUUUGUACGUUUUAUCUUUUAAUUGUUAGUAUGCAAUUGGUAAUUUUCCCUGUUCUUUUCAAUCAUAGAUAGAUUAUGUGCAUUUAUCCAUAGUAUGGUGUAUGCCCCCCCCCCCCCUCCAUCCCUUUCUCGCUCCUCUCCCUUUCAUUCUCUCUCUCUUUCUCCAACCCAUACAUUCAUGACCAUGUAUCAUCAUGUGUGACAUGCAUAUUAAUCUUUGACAUAUUUGCAAAAAAAAAUUUUUUAAUUCCAGCAUCUGUAAUCUUUGUGAAAAACAACCACAUUCUAUUGUUUUUAUUUUUAAUUUCUAAUACAAGUAUGUACGUCCAUGAAUGGAGACAAUAGACAAGUCUACUGAAGAUUUUUUUUUGUAGAGUGUAUACUAUUAUUAUUAACCUGUGGAAGGAAACAAAUUAUGAGAUGUCAACAUAGUGAUUGUUUAAAGAGAAGUUUCCAUGGUUACACAAUAUUCUAUUUCUCUUGUAUUGUGUUUGUUUCGUUCCUGAGGAUUUAGGAUGAAGGUUGUAAUCUUUGCCACCUAAACUUGUGGUAGCCUUAUGAAUAUGGACACAAAAUAUAUCUGUUAAACAAUAAAGCACAUCCUCAUACUUCUGUCUAAAGUGGAACAGGUAGUCAUCCUGCAUGUUUUGUGUCCAGUACAGGACAGUGGAUACCGUGGUAUUAAGACGCAUAUUUCUCAGUCUAUUCCAUUUCUUCUAAAUCUUAAAGUUUUUAUUAAUCCUAGCAAGCAACAAGUAAACCUAUAUCAUUGUUCACAUCCCUUUUUAUUCCUCUCUUUUGAAUGUUGCGAACUUAACUUUUUAUAUUACAGUGCGUGUACAUAGAAAGUAGCAUGACGUUUUUAUCAUUUUUUGUAAGUUAUUGUGGUUGUACAUGUAUUAUGAUCGAUCAAUAGGACAAAAUGUAAUGACUUGUUAUUGAAAGUACCUAUAUGUUAACCUUUUGUUCUUGGUGUUUUAAAAAGACAACACGGCACUACAAAGUA